AAAUCGUGCGAACUUCCCUGUUCACAGCGCAGUGAGCGCGCAGCAGUGAACGCGCUUCGCGUCUGCAGGUCCACGGAUCAAAGGGUGACAUGAAUCUGCUCUGAUCGGUAUUCCCGGCAAAUUCUUACAUCCUACGGACAUUUAAAGGAUGGAUUUGGACGUGGUGAACAUGUUUAUCAUUGCCGGAGGGACGCUGGCAAUCCCCAUCUUGGCUUUUGUAGCCUCCUUCCUGCUCUGGCCUGCAGCUCUCAUUAAAGUUUAUCACUGGUAUUGGCGCAGAAGGCUGGGAAUGCAGGUGGAUUUUGCUGAAUAUGAAGGAUAUCGCUUCUGUUACUCACACAGAGGGAAUCCAGGCACCCGUCCUUCCGUUCUCAUGUUACACGGCUUCUCUGCACACAAAGACAUGUGGCUUGGUGUGGUCAAGUUUCUUCCUAAAAAUGUGCACUUGGUGUGUGUUGACAUGCCAGGACAUGAGGGUACGACACGCACCAGUGCUGUGGAUUAUUCCAUCGAGGGCCAAGUCAAACGGAUACAUCAGUUUGUGAAGAGCAUCGGAUUGAACAAAAAGCCUUUCCAUCUGAUCGGCACGUCCAUGGGAGGAAGUGUGGCUGGAGUUUAUGCUGCCCGUCACCCGUCUGAUCUCUGCGGCGUCACACUCAUCUGUCCAGCAGGUCUCGAGUAUCCCACUGAAAGUAAGUUUGUUCAGCAUUUGAGGGAACUGGAGAAAACUCAGAACAGUGACGGGAUCCCGCUGAUACCCUCCACUCCAGAGGAGAUGGAGGAGAUGCUCAAACUAUGUUCAUAUGUGCGCUUUAAGAUCCCUAAACAGAUUCUUCAAGGACUGGUUGACGUUCGUAUUCCUAACAAUGAUUUCUACCGCGAGUGUUUUAUGGAGCUUGUCGGAGAAAAAUCCAGACACUCUUUACAUGAGAACAUGAAUCUCAUUUCGACUCCUCUACAAGUUAUUUGGGGGAAGAACGACCAGGUACUAGAUGUGUCCGGGGCUUCAGUUCUGGCAAAGGCUAUUCCAGGAUCUCAGGUUCAUCUGCUAGACAACUGUGGUCAUUCAGUAGUGAUGGAGCGACCGAGAAAAUCUGCCCAGCUCAUCAUGGACUUUAUCAUUGCACAACAGAAUGCAGGAAUCAACAGCACCAAAAAACUCUCCUAAAACUGGAAAGUUGCACAUUUCACAAUCCUGCUGUGUAACUUUACUUUGUACUAUAAGUCAGUGAAAGAUGCUUUGGAUGAAAGACUCUUUUAAAAGCAAAAUCAUGAUUUUACAGCCUGUAAAUAAUCAUUAAAAGUUAUUUUUGUAGUGAACGCUCAGGGACGCACAUUAACCGCUGAGUUGAAAAGCACUUCAGAAGCUAUGCAGAUGCAGAUCAGUGUCCUGCAGACAGUAUCGAUUCCAAUUCAACUUAGAAUAGACCAAAAAGUGUUAUUUACUGUUAAUAUAUUUCUAAUUUUCCUCUAACACCAUUUCAUGUUUGAAGAGGCCUACCUAUACAGCUUUUCCAGGCAUCACAGGCACUUUCCUGAUCUAAUUUGAAUGCCAGAAAUGCUGUCUGUUUUUAGAUUUUGAGACACAGCCUAUAUGUUUAUCCCUUUUGUUGUUCACAAUUUAACAUGAUUUAAUGCUGACAGUGAAACAUGUCAUCAUCAUUUGGGCUUACAUCAUUUUCUUUCCUGUACUACUGUAGUUCUUACUGUUCUAACCUUGUACAUAAGACUGUAUGUCUUGAAAAUGGAAAUUAUUAUUUUAUCUUUUAAUGGAAAUUAUGGAAAAUUGAAAUUAUUUGUGUGCGUAAUUUCCAAAAUUUUGGAAAUUAUUCAAACAGCUAUUUAGUGACUUUGUUCGAAUCUAGUUAAUAUACUGUUUUUAAAUGCAUAUUUUAUGAAUGCUUACUUGUCUUUUGAAAGAAUAUCCAGAUCACACAGGAACUUAGAAAAGAACAUGGUUCAGAUAUGACUAAAUAUCUUUAUAAAAGACAUUUCAGUACAUAUUGUAUCAUAUUACAACUUGUGGAUUCAUGGAAGACAAAAUCGCAAAGUACUUAAUAGUAUAAAUAUUUUUCCAAGCUGAAAAUUGUUAUUGUACCCUUUUAAUCUAAAGACAAAAUAAAAAUAAAAAAUAACUUAGAAAGUUUUUUAAACUUCACAGAAGACAGUGUAAA